UGUGGCAACAAUAUUCGAGUUUUGUGUGUGAAACAGUGAAGUAAGAAAUAAUAAAUAAAAAUGUCUGGUCGUGGUAAAGGUGGCAAAGUUAAGGGAAAGGCAAAGUCUCGUUCCAACCGCGCUGGUCUUCAGUUCCCCGUUGGCCGUAUUCACCGUCUGCUUCGCAAGGGCAACUAUGCCGAGCGUGUUGGUGCUGGUGCUCCUGUGUACCUGGCUGCUGUGAUGGAAUACUUGGCUGCUGAAGUUUUGGAGUUGGCUGGUAACGCAGCCCGUGACAACAAGAAGACUAGGAUUAUCCCUCGUCAUCUGCAAUUGGCCAUCCGCAACGAUGAGGAGUUGAACAAACUACUUUCGGGUGUCACCAUUGCCCAGGGCGGUGUUUUGCCUAAUAUUCAAGCUGUUCUCUUGCCCAAGAAGACCGAAAAGAAGGCUUAAAUUCAAAUUUAAACUCGCAUAUAACACAAAUCAACUAAAACCCAAAACGUCCUUUUCAGGACGACCAAAUAUUUAUUAAAGAGAAUCAUUUUUUUAAUAUACUUAAAUAAUUACAUCGAUA